UCGUGUACCCAACGCAGCGCAACCUUACGCAUCUUCAGUUACGGUUACAGUUAUAAGAAAAACUUAUCGCCAAAGUUUGACACAAUGAAGGUCCUCGUGGUCCUGUGCGCCCUCGUGGCAGUCGCUUCCGCCGGUUUUAUACGCAGCGGCGGCUGGGGUGGCUAUGGUGGUGGUGGCUACGGCGGUGGUGGUUAUGGUGGUGGCGGCUAUGGCGGUUAUGGUGGCGGCGGUUAUUCUGGCGGUUAUUCAGCACCGAGAGUGAUCAAAGUGAUUACACUGGGCAGCAGCGGUGGUGGUUAUGGUGGAUACGGUGGUGGUGGCUAUGGCGGCGGUGGUUAUGGCGGUGGUGGUUAUGGUGGACACGGCAGUGGCGGCUGGGGUGGCGGUUGGAAGAGCAGCGGUUGGUGGUAGAGUGUACAUAUCGACUUGGCAACCCUGUCGUAUUGGAUCUUUUCGAAUUUCGUGUGUUGUGAUUUUGUUUUUGUAUAUAAAUCUGUAUGCAUAUAUGUACCUU